GCAGCAGGACACCCAGGAAUUUGUCCCUCUGCCUUCAUCCCACGCAGGUGGACGUGAAGAAGACUGCCCUGGCACUGUCGAUCACAGAUUCUGAGCUCUCUGAUGAGGAGGCUUCCAUCCUGGAGAGUGGGGGCUUUUCUGUCUCGAGGGCUACCACCCCACAGCUGACGGACGUUUCCGAAGACCUGGAUCAGCAGAGCCUGCACAGCGAGCCGGAGGAGUCUUUUUCCAAGGACCUGGCAGAGUUUCCCUCCGUGGAAGAAUACCAUUCCAGAGACCUGGGACCACAGAGCGAUGAAGAUGCGUUUGGUGUGCCUCUGGGUCCCGAGCUUGCCCACGCCGCCCGUGAGCUGGACUCGGCAGAGAAGGAGGCUGCGGACUCCGACCUCUCCGUCCUUCGCCUAGCGUCUCCUCUCCAUUUUGUAAAUACGCACUUCAACGGGAGCGGGCAAGCGGCCGGAGGCAGCGCAGAGCCAGAGACUGUCCCUGCCCCGGGCCUGGGCAUCUGCAUUGACACGCUGAGCGAGGAGAUCGUCACCACCGCCAUUACCACGGCGGUGCAGAACACCCUCUCCGCCCUGCUGCGCUCCUCGGAGGCCAGCGAGGGGCCUUCCCUCUCCGAGUUCCUGCCCACUGAGCCCGAAGAGAAACUGAGCUUCCAAGCACAGCUGUCAGAGACCGAAGCGGUGGAGACAGAGGCAGCAGCUUCACCCGACGAUGAGGAGGAAGCUGAUGACUUUGAGCUGCUGGAUCAGGGGGAGCUGGAGCAAAUGGAUGUAGAGCUGGGUCUCGGAGAGGAGGAGGAGGAGGAGGCGGCGGCGCAAGAGUCUCCCGCCGCUCCAGUUCCCCUCUGUCCCACGCUUGCUGAGCUGCCAAAGCAAGGAGAGGAGGAGGGGGAGGCAGCGAUGACAGCACCGUCUACGUCUUAGGGCUUCUCCACGCGCCCCCUUUUCCUCCAUCGUCACUGGAAAGAAGGAAGGGCUCGGGCGGUGAACGCGCAGCGGGUUUUUAGAUGUCUUGUGUUGACUGGGAUGGAAACGCGUCAGUGUUCAUGUGCUGUGUCUGGAAUAAGGAAUCCUUCCCAUCCUUCUAGAGCCCGG